AUGCCAAGGAUUUCUGGGAACAGAAGCAGGAGCUACGUAAUCAGGAUAAAACAAAUAGCGAGGAGCUGUGCAAACGGGGAACUAAUCAACCGACCAAUAGUCAAUGGUAAACAUUUGGCCAGCCUAGACCGCUACGUACGCAGAUAUUUCUCAUCCCGUUCUCCAUGUGAUUGUCCAAGACAAGCUGAAUCUUUGGUUCAGGUUCCAAUGCUGAAGAAACGUAGUCGACUUUGGUAAAGAAGAGACGAAUCCAAGGGAAUGUCUGAAAUAGUUGUCCCGCAGGAUGGCCAUUAUGAAGAUCGAUUGCGGAGCCUGAAGGUAUCCUAUAAAAGACAGAGUGGACAGGAGUCAAUGACCCAGGGGAGAUUUACGAUCCCAGCUGUUGCCGAAGAAGAAGGGACUUUACCUAACUUACCUCCAAGUCCAGAAUAG